AUGGAGGAGAGGGUGGCGAUCAUUGGAGCAGGAAUUUCUGGACUUCUUGCCUGCAAAUACUCCAUUGCAAAGGGACUCAAACCCAUAGUCUUUGAAGCUCAUAGCACCAUUGGAGGUGUUUGGGCUCAAACCUUAGAGUGCACUAAACUCCAGAACGUCAAAGAAGUUUACCAGUUUUCUGAUUUCCCGUGGCCUUGUUCUGUAGAAGAUGAACAUCCUCACAAUACCCAAGUUUUGGAUUAUAUUGAAUCAUAUGCCAAACACUUUGGUCUCUUCCCUUACAUUAAGUUGAACUCCAAAGUCAUCACUAUAGAUUAUGAUGGGGAGUCUCACGAAGAGAUGAAGGGAUGGGAUCAGUGGGGUGGAACAGGUAAGGCAUUUGGAUCCGAAGGAAAAUGGAAAGUACUUGUGGAAAACACACAAGACUGCUCUACAGAGGAAUAUGAAGUUGAGUUUGUCAUUCUUUGCAAUGGAAGAUUCAGUGGUCUACCAAACAUCCCAGAGUUCCCUCAAGAUCAAGGCCCAGAAGUAUUCAAUGGUAAGGUGAUGCAUUCAGUGGACUACUCUGCUAUGGACAAUGCAGUUGCUGCAGAAUUUCUUAAAGGAAAGAGAAUUGCGGUCAUAGGUUCUUCUAAAUCUGCAGUAGACAUAGCAGUCGAAUGUGCCAAUGCAAAUGGUACGAAUUACCCUUGCACGUUGAUUCAACGAACAAUUUAUUGGAUGCUCCCCAGUGUCUACUUCUGGGGAGUUAGUCUUGGUGCCUUAUACUUCAAUCGCUUCGCAGAACUCUUGUUUCACAAACCUGGCGAAACCUUUCUACUCAGUGUUUUGGCCACCCUACUUUCACCAUUGAGGUGGGUAAUCUCAAAAUUUGUGGAGAGCUAUCUUCGAUGGAAACUCCCCUUGAAAAAGUAUGGAAUGAUACCGAAAGUCAGCUUUUUUCAAAAGAUUGCUUCUUGUCUAAUCAUCAUGCUGCCUGAAAAUUUCUAUGACAAAGUGAGAGAAGGAAGUAUCGUUUUAAAGAAAUCACAGAGCUUCAGCUUCUACAAACAAGGUUUGAUUAUUGAUGGAGAAGUUGAGCCUCUCAAAACUGAUCUUGUCAUCUUUGCCACUGGAUGUAGAGGUGAUCUCAAGAUCAAAAAUAUUUUCACCUCUCCAACCUUUCAAAAAUGCAUAAUCAAGUCACAAACUUCCACAAUUCCUCUCUACAGGCAGAUGAUUCAUCCACGAAUUCCACGACUAGCGAUAAUAGGAUACUCGGAGAGCCUUGGCAGUCUAUACACCUUCGAAAUCAGGUGCCAGUGGCUAGCACAUUUUCUUGAUGGAACCUUCAAAUUGCCAAGUAUAAAGGAAAUGGAAAUGGAUGUUAUAAUGUGGGAAAAUUACCAGAAACAAUAUGCUGGCAAGUCUUAUCAAAGAUCUUGCAUUGGUGCUCUUCAUAUAUGGUACAAUGAUCAGUUGUGCAAAGACAUUGGGUGCAAUCCCAGAAGAAAGAAGGGCUUCUUUCAAGAUUUGUUUGAACCUUAUGGACCCACAGACUAUGUACAACUCCAGCCUGAAUCAAGAAGUGGAUCUAAAGAAACACAGAAAAAAGAAUGA